UUUAGUCUUUUUUUUUUAGUCUAUUUUCCAGUAAAUCUAAGCAAAGGAAGCAGGGAAAGAAUAACCUCACCUUUCAAAACCAUGUGAGCAAACGGUCUUUGAUUUCUCGCCAACACUCUUGGGCUUAUCUCUCCAUGUUAAUUGUGACAGUAAAACAAUAAAAAAGGAUAUUUAAUUUUAACUCACGUUGGUCAGUCUAGGUCAGUGAGGGAAUAUGAUGGGCUGGAGAAAUAUUAAUCCAGGUUGGUUAUUUAAUAUCUGCCUUAUUUUGAGGAAGACACUGUCAGAGGCACCUCUCUGGACAAUGAAGCUCCUUAGUUAUAUUUUCAUUUAUCGUCGGCUACUUCUAGUAGUUUUCACCGUGUUGGUUCUCCUGCCCCUGCCUCUUGUUCUCCGCACCAAGGAAGCAGAAGCUGCUUACACACUCUUUGUGGUUGCUAUAUUUUGGCUCUCAGAAGCCUUGCCUCUGUCGGUAACGGCUUUGCUGCCUGGUUUGAUGUUCCCCUUGUUUGGAAUCAUGCCAUCUAAAACGGUGGCAUCUGCUUAUUUCAAAGACUUUCACCUACUGUUAAUUGGAGUCAUCUGUUUAGCAACGUCAAUUGAAAAAUGGAAUUUACACAAGAGAAUUGCUCUGAGAAUGGUGAUGAUGGUGGGUGUAAACCCGGCAUGGCUGACGUUGGGGUUCAUGGUCAGUACCGCCUUCUUAUCUAUGUGGCUUAGCAACACUUCCACUGCUGCCAUGGUGAUGCCCAUCGUGGAGGCUGUGGCGCAGCAAAUCAUCAGCGCCGAAGCAGAGGUCGAGACCGCUCAGAUGACUUAUUUCAAUGGAAAUGCCAACCAUGGACUGGAAAUUGAUGAAGGUGUUAAUGGAGAUGAAAUAGAUGAGAAGAAAGAAAAAACAAAACCACUUCCAGGAUACUGUAAUGAUGCAGAGAAAAUUUCAAGCAAGAUAGAAUUGGAAAAGGUCUCAGUCACAGAAGGGAGUAAAUACAGAACAAAGAAGGAUCAUAUGAUGUGUAAACUUAUGUGCUUGUGCAUCGCUUACUCUUCUACCAUUGGCGGACUGACCACGAUCACUGGCACCUCCACCAACUUGAUCUUCGCUGAGUAUUUCAAUACGCGCUAUCCCGAUUGCGAUUGUAUCAACUUUGGAUCAUGGUUUACGUUUUCACUCCCGAUUGCUGUUAUUAUUCUCCUUUUGUCCUGGAUCUGGCUUCAGUGGCUUUUCCUAGGAUUCGAUUUUAAGGAGAUGUUCAAAUGUGGCAAAACCAAAACAGCCAAAGAAAGAGCUUGUGCUGAAGUGAUUAAACAAGAAUAUAGAAAACUUGGGCCAAUAAGGUAUCAAGAAAUUGUGACCCUAGUCCUCUUCAUUGUAAUGGCCCUGCUAUGGUUUAGCCGAGAUCCUGGGUUUGCUUCCGGCUGGGCUGCACUUUUUCCGGAGUACCCAAGUUUUGCUACAGAUUCAACUGUUGCCUUACUUGUAGGACUCCUGUUUUUUCUUAUCCCAGCUAAUAGAUUGACUAAAACCACACCCACAGGAGAAAUUGUUGCUUUUGAUUACUCUCCACUGAUUACUUGGAAAGAAUUCCAGUCAUUCAUGCCCUGGGAUAUAGCCAUUCUUGUUGGUGGAGGGUUUGCCCUGGCAGAUGGCUGUGAGGAGUCAGGACUCUCCAAGUGGAUAGGAAAUAAAUUAUCUCCUCUAGGUUCCUUAUCGGUCUGGCUAAUAAUUCUGAUAUCUUCUUUGAUCGUCACAUCUUUAACAGAGGUAGCCAGCAACCCAGCUACUAUUACUAUCGUUCUCCCGAUAUUAUCUCCAUUGGCCGAAGCCAUUCAAGUGAAUCCUCUUUAUAUUUUGAUACCUUCUACCCUGUGUGUUUCAUUUGCAUUCCUCCUACCAGUAGCAAAUCCACCCAAUGCCAUUGUGUUUUCAUAUGGCCAUCUUAAAGUCAUUGACAUGGUUAAAGCUGGACUUGGUGUGAACGUUGUGGGUGUUGCCGUGGUGAUGCUCGGCAUGUCCACCUGGAUCGUGCCCAUGUUUGAUCUCAACACUUAUCCUGCUUGGGCUCCUCCAGUGAGUAAUCAGACCAUGCCAUGACCAGCAGGAGUAUUCUAUCAUGUGGUGAGUUUUGGAACCAUUAUGAAUUCACUGUAAAAUUUGGCUCUGGAUAACUGAUAAGAUUCAAAUCAGACCUGGUGUAGCUUCUGUGGUUCCAGUGAGACCUGCUGUCAAAACUCAAGUACCCACAUCUCCUUUGAGAUACAACCCAAGCACACCUACAUGCCCUCAUCCAGAAGCCUGGGACUCAGAUUUUACUCGUCGACUAUCUGCAUCCUGCUUUGUCCUAAGAUUUAUUUAUAAUUUGACCUUCAAAAAGAUUAGAGCAUUUGCUUUAUCUUACAGUUCAAGUUCAGAUUAACAUUUCAAAAAUUAAUGUGUUACUUCAGAAACCCCCUAUGAAACUAGAUAUAGGAAAUAAAAUAUGUAAGCUAAUUAUUAUUCGGAUAAAUCAUUUCUGUAGUGUUUCGCAAAGGGAGUUUGCUGAAAAACCAAUGCUGUGGCCAGUCAUCUGGUGGUGCUGAUAAAAAAAAAAUCAAUGUAAAUGAAAUGUGAAUUCCCUCAUUUAAAAAAAAAUCCCACUCAUAUUAGUCUUAAUAUAGAAAUCGUACAAAAUUAAAAUGGAAAAAGUAGUUCCAAAAAUAUAGC